CAAAAGACGUUGCAAAUUAAUGCCAUGCCCGAUUUCCCUAUCCAUUAGAUCAUCCAGAACCGUCUCUUCCCUCCAAUCUCGCUUUCUAGAACACUAAUUCCAUCCAAAAUCAAUGGCACAAACACAGCAACGACAAUCCAGAAGAAUUCAAUAAUGGCGUUUAUGCAUCUUCAUCAUCACCUUCCAUCUCCAUCUCUCUCAUUUUUCAGACCUUCACCGCCGGUUUUCAGAUCAUCAUUUCGCUUCUCUCCGCCAUCAUUUUCAUUUCCCUCCCAAAAAUGUACUGAUUUCAGCAACUGGCUUCUUCAUUUCCCUAAAAAAUCUCUGAGUUUCGCGUUCUCUGGGGCUCUAGCGCUCGGCAUAGCUCUCUCCGGAGUUGGAUUUGCUGAUGCCAAAGUUGGGGUUAACAAACCAGAAUUGCUUCCCAAGGAGUUCACUUCUGUCAUUGAUGUCGCUGGGUUUCUAUCUGAUGGCCAGGAAAUUAGACUCAAACAAGAAAUUGCUAAUAUUGAGAAGGAUACUGGAUAUAAAUUGCGAGUUUUGGCCCAAAAUUAUCCUUUGACACCAGGGCUGGCAAUCAAAGAUUUUUGGAAAGUGGAUGAUAGAACAAUCGUGUUUGUUGCCGAUCCUACAUUUGGUAACAUAUUGAACUUCAAUGUCGGAGCGACGGUCGAUUUAGACAUUCCAAGGAGCUUUUGGAGCCGUUUGGCUGGAAAGUAUGGAAACAUAUUUUAUUGGAAAGAGAAGGGUGAAGAUGCAUCUAUUGAAUCAGCUGUCAUGGCAAUAUCUAAUUGCUUGAGAGAACCCGUCGGCCCAAAUAACUGUUCUGAGAUAAAGUAACAGCUUACAGCGUCGAAGAAUUUUGUACGUAUUAUAAACUAGAUUUGGAUAUUCUGAUAGUGAUACAUAAUAUAUAGCCUUCUCUUGUUGCAACCUGCACGUCUUAAAUGUUUUCCUCAUUCAAGAACGUAGUGUAUGUCUAUUACUCGAAAAAAAAAAUGGCAAUAGUGACAAGAAGUUAUAAACGAAUUUGAUAAUUGUGUA